AUAUUUGUGGACCACACCAUGUCACCUGACGUAGCCUGUUGCACAUCAUAGUGGAAAGUGUGAUGUCAUGCGCCGGAUUCUGUUAUUUUCCAUUCGGCCGGUCGAUUGUUUUGCGUGAAGGUGGGCUUUAAAUCUAUUUUAAACAUGAAGCGGCAUCGACUGACAAUCGGACGCUAAUAGCGAUAAAAUCAAUAAAUUAGUUCGAUUACAUCGUCGAGAAAUCAGUAGUGUCUUACCAGCAGUCAUUCCAUCAUGACCAAUUUCGCAAAGUGUUUGGCGGUCAUUCUUUUGCUGCAAACGUGCUCCUCGAAUCACACAGAAACUCUCUCACAACAGCGUGAAAAGCGAUGGUUGACAUUCAUUCCAAACGGCGGAACUUCCAAAAUUAUUCUCGGUUGUGCCUGGCCGGUCCAUUUCCAUCACAAACUGGCUCGUAGACUCAACAUGGGAAUGAACCUUCAAGCCAACUAUAGAUUACCAUCGACCAUCGUCUGGCCCGUGCCGACCAGCAUCUUCCAGAACCGACUGAACAACGACUAUGUAGACAACAGUCGCAUCCAGUUGUACCAGCUUCUUGAAAGGAUGUUCGACUCUUACGGUACCAAUGGACAUGAGUGUGUGCUGAGAACAAUAUGCGAGGUAGCCGAGACCCCUCUCCACGAUAGUGGCGUUUUUGGUGAACUGAUGGAUGUGAUUUUCACACCAUACAAAUCGGAACAAUUGAACCAAAGCUACUACGAUGCACGGUUACAUGGCCUAAAUGGAACGGAUUGUGUCGAGCUCUAUAAGCGGUGCCCAUUAGGGUCUGGAUUGCUGGAGAAAAUGUCCAUCUUAUAUUCGUCCUUCAGUUGAAAUAAAAAGAACCGAUAUAAGUGGAUUACGUGUUGAUGGGAAAUAUGCACUUCAUGAGUAGGGGUAGACCCCCAGCGCCGGACACCUCCCAAUACCGGACACUUCUCAAAAAGACACUUGCAGAGGUCCUUCCACCAUCUUAUGUAGUACAAAAGAAAGCAAUUGAAAAGUGCUUUACCUGCAUGGUGUAUCAGACCCUCAGGUUGUAAACUUUGUACAAAAUUUAAAAUGGAAUAAAAUGUCAAAAACUUUCGUGUUUCGCCUAUCUUCAGAAGGUUAAA